AUGAAACAGCUGGGUCGCGGUUCGCUAGCGAAUCCGAUCUGGCACCUGCCGCACGGGCAUGGAUUCGACCUGGCCGAUCCGCUUAUGCAAAUUACUAGGCGAACUUAUCAUCCGUUGCACGAUGAGCAUCUACAACAAUUUUGGAGAGAUACUUUAAAAAAGAAUCUAACGAAACGCGGACUCAUCGACGACGAUGGCAAGGUCGUAUGUACUCUCCAGGAGUUUAACGAAUGGCGGGCAUUUUUGUUUGAACAGUUCAAGAUGAGUCUAAAGAGAUGUCUGCAAGCAGUGAAUGAAGAGAAACAUAACAUGCAUAGUUGGGCUUAUCUUCGGGAAAAAGCUGAGAAUGUCGAGCUUCUGAAGAAUCAUCUCGCCGAAAUGGAGCUGAAAGUGCAGCGUAGGAGAGAACUACUGAAUGAGCAACAUACGAAACUGGACGAAGAGUUAAACCAUCGAAAAGCAGAAAAUGUAUGUAAAAGAUACGAUCGUCGAAGUCGCGACGCACUGGUAAAGACAAUUUUAGCUCAGUGCAGGAGAAAUAUUCGCGCAAAGUAUCCUGAUUCCGGCCAGCUGGAACCCGAAACCGUUGCACAAGCGGUCAAUGCUGCCCUGACGAUUCACACGGCUAUAAGCCCGGCAACCAGCUGCACGGGUAUAAUCGAUACGGCCAACCAAUUCGUCUUGGACCUACAAACGAAACCCGUUGAUUCUCUGCCGUUAGAUAGUUUGACUGUGGGCUAUGUAAAAGAUCGGAUAUGCGAGAUGAUGGAUGGCAUUCUUCAUCGAAGCGUCUCUCAAGCUUGCGAAGUGAUAUCGAGUGUGGCUCAACGGAAGUGUAAUCGACUUAAUGCGGGCGAAAAUCAUUUGAAAUCCUCCAUUUGCAGUUAUCGGAACGACGCUGGAGCGUCACGCAGUAUGCCAAAUCAGAAGGGUCGGUCGAAGGUAUCGAUAGGACCAAUAUCCAUCGUUGCGCAGUACGAGGUGGCUAAUAGUGCGUUCAAGAAGUGCAAAGAUAGACCUCCAACCCCGAUAACCUCCGUAACGUCGCUGGUCGCCUGCACGAUGCAAGAAACGGAAUUGGAACGACGGAUCACAAGCACGCUGGAGAUUUCUUUCGAAAUGGCUCGCGAGCUGGAGCAACGCAUUCAUGCCGAUGAUUACCCCUUGAUCCAUGUGAUGUACAGCCAACGGAGGUACUUGGAGGGAAACUUGCUCAGGUAUCGCAUGAUCGUCCAACCCUACGUCGAUCAACGCGUUUUAGCAUCGAUCGAUGUGGACCAACUGACGAUUGAUAGGCGGAAGUGGUGCGGUGUAUCGAAGGAUAGGCUACUACAUCAAACAGCGAUCGGGUUGUUGAAGUUUCCAGAUAGUAUUCAGCAGUACGCCAAGGCCAUGCUCGAUUGUAUCAACUAUCUAGCGGUCCAAGCAGCCAGCGAGGCUCAGCAGAUUCUUGACGAGCCGUGA